AUGGAUGACAAGUACAAUCGCUGUAAACUUUUUUCAUUUUCCUUAGAGGACGACGCUAGAAAAUGGCUGGAACUGCAAGCAGGCUCUUCGACCUGCUGGAAGGAAAUAAGGAAUACCUUCAUUAAUCACUUCUUCGAUGAGACGCGUUACUGGGCUGUUAGGAAGAAAUUCUCCACAUUCCGCCAAGAUCCACGAGAAUCAUUCAGAAGCGCUUGGGAGAGAUUCAAGAGUUACCAGCUUGAAUGCCCCCACCAUGGUUAUUCAGAACCACAACUCAUUAAUACCUUUUACGGAGGUAUUAACUUGCAUUACCAAAUCAUGCUUGACACACUCAGUGAAGGGAGCUUCAGUACCAAGAAUCCUGAAGAGGCAAAGCGUUUGAUCAAGAAUGUAGCUACAGGUAAAUCCUACGAAAUGAUGGACGUAGAGCGAGGAAGGAGGGUCGACUCAAUGGAUGGGCCACAUUUUGCCAAAAUCAAAGAGUCUCUAGACUCACUUCAUUCUGCUCUAGAGGAACAAAACCAAUUUGGAAUUUACCAAAUUGACGGUGAUACCCUUUCUGAACUAGAACAACAGGUGGAUUUCGUAGAUGUUCCAACCUUGAAAGAUAGGUAUCCUAUCACUAACACCGAUAGUUUUACCCAAAAUUACGAUGCUACUGUUGGAUUACGCCGAGGCAAAGAAAAAUUUAGGUUAAACCAAGUUUUCACGGUAAAUCGUAAAAUGGCCACUGACCAGAACGAAAAGAUAAACAUAGUCUAUAGUGAGCUAAUGAGGAAGUUCGACGCUUUAAGUGAACACAUUAAGAGAUUGGGUGGUCGAGUUGCGGAAAACGCGACCGCCAUCAAAAGAGAAACGGUACGUCUCCCUGGGCGAACUGACACGAAUCCGAAGCGUCAAGUUAAUGAUGUGUUACUAAGAAGCGGAAAAUGCCUCAACCCGAGCACAAUAGAAAUCAACUAUGCAGAAAAAUGUGCUGAAGUUGAGAAAACCGGUGAAAGUAGAUUGCAACCAAUAAUCCUCGAUGGUCCCAACCCAUAA